AUGUGGUGCAUCUCGCGGCUGCUGCUCUGCGGCAGGACAAAAGCCGCAGCAACUGCAGCUUCUCCUGUAGUUUUCUCCUUUACAAAGCGGCUAAAGGAGCUGGAGAGUGACCCCGAAUGCCCGCUGAGUGGGCCAGAAUAUGUCCUUUUGCAGGAAAAACUGCAGCACUAUCGCACACUGCAGAAUACGUACGCGGUCAAGCAAGACGACAUUGAGCGAGCGAAGCGUGCUGCGCACUACAGUGGUUUGGAGUUUACCCCGAAGACUGUAAGGAGGCCGACGACAUCUAGGCAGGAAACAGGUCAAGAGAAUUUGUGA